AUUUGAAGUAGAGAAUAUUUCGGGCCAGGUUUAGGGUUUUCUAGCGAGAGAUGGAUUCGAUGAUCGGCAGCUGCGCCUUCGCUGCCACGGCCCCUAGGUUUGCAUCCGGGAAGACGCCCGCGCUAGGGUUUGCCGAUUUCACCCGAAAUGCGGCUCCGUCGUUGCUGGGAUCAAGAACUCCACGGAAUGGAGCACUCUCAGCGCGCACAGGGAAGAGAUUUCUCCCAAUCAGGGCUACGGCAGUGAAGGAGGCCAGGAAUCGCGAUCCGCCAGCGGCGGUAAGUCCAGAUUGUCGCAAAGUCAUGGUGAUUGGGGGCGAUGGCUACUGCGGCUGGGCGACAGCAUUGCAUCUUUCCAAGCAGGGCUACGAGGUUGCAAUCGUGGACAGCCUUGUGAGGAGGCUCUUUGACGAGCAGCUCGGCACUUACACUCUCACGCCCAUAGCUUCGAUCCAGGAGAGACUAAAAAAGUGGAAAGAGAAAUCCGGCAAGACGAUUGAUCUCUUUGUCGGUGAUAUCUGCGAGUUCCAGUUCCUGGAGAGCUGCUUCAAGUCUUUCGAGCCCAAUGCAGUGGUACACUUUGGCGAGCAAAGAUCGGCACCGUAUUCCAUGAUCGAUCGUUCUCGAGCGGUGUACACGCAACACAACAACAUCGUUGGAACGAUCAACGUCCUGUUCGCGAUUAAAGAAUUUUCUCCGGAGUGUCACCUAGUGAAGUUGGGAACGAUGGGAGAGUAUGGAACUCCAAACAUCGAUAUCGAGGAGGGAUUUAUCACCAUCACGCACAAUGGAAGGACCGACACUCUACCAUAUCCCAAGCAGGCAAGCUCGUUCUAUCAUCUCAGCAAGGUUCACGACUCCCACAACAUUGCUUUUACUUGCAAAGCUUGGGGAGUGAGAGCCACAGAUCUAAACCAAGGAGUAGUCUAUGGAACCUUCACUCCAGAGACGCAGGAAGACGAAGCUCUGAUCAACAGGCUCGACUACGACGGCAUCUUUGGCACUGCUCUAAACAGGUUUUGCGUCCAGGCAGCCAUCGGGCAUCCAUUGACAGUUUAUGGGAAAGGAGGACAGACUCGAGGGUACCUGGAUAUCAGGGAUACAGUCCGGUGUGUGGAGCUCGCCAUCGCCAACCCAGCAAAACUGGGUGAGUUUCGAGUUUUCAAUCAGUUCACUGAGCAGUUUUCCGUGAACGAGCUUGCCAAGCUCGUCACAAAGGCCGGCGAGAAGCUGGGGAUUGAGGUGAAGACGCAGAGCGUUCCAAAUCCUCGAGUAGAAGCGGAAGAACACUACUAUAACGCCAAGCACACCAAGCUGAUGGAGCUGGGCCUGGAGCCGCAUUUCCUCUCCGAGGGGCUUCUCGAUUCGCUCCUCAAUGUGGCGAUCAAAUACGCUGCUCGCAUCAACACGUCUUUGAUCAUGCCCGACGUCUCCUGGAAGAAGAUUGGAGUCACGCCCAGAACGCUAGUCUCCAAGCAGCCUUGAUGAUCCUUUUUGUUCUUCUUUUAACUUCGGAAAGUAUGCCCCGAAUAUUCGUUGUUUGCGAAUAUGCUAAUAAAUAUUCUAAAAUAUUUUGCAAA